CAGGGGUCCUUCAGACUCACGGAAGCGCGGCAGUGUUACAGCGGUGUGGAGCAAGCACGUGUGUGUGUUUGUAUGUGUGUUUGUGUGUGAUUUGGGCUCAAACUGACAGGUUUUGCAGACGGUGAACAUCAUGAGAGUGGUCGGGCUCAUCAGUGGCGGUAAGGACAGCUGCUUCAACAUGCUGCAGUGUGUGUCUGCUGGACACUCUAUAGUCGCUCUGGCAAACCUCAGACCUGCAGCUCACGCGGCUUCAGAUGAGCUGGACAGCUACAUGUACCAGACUGUGGGUCAUCAGGCUGUGGAUCUGAUAGCAGAGGCCAUGGGUUUACCACUCUACAGGCGCACUAUUGAGGGCUCAAGUGUGCAUAUUGACAGAGAGUACAGCCCCACUGACGGAGACGAGGUGGAGGAUCUCUAUCAGCUGCUCAAACACGUCAAGGAGGAGAUGCAUGUGGACGGCGUGUCUGUCGGAGCCAUUCUGUCUGAUUAUCAGAGAGUACGGGUGGAAAAUGUGUGUGCGAGGCUGCAGCUUCAGCCGCUGGCGUAUCUGUGGCAUCAAGACCAGGCCACACUGCUCUCAGAGAUGAUAUCCAGCGGACUCCAUGCCAUCCUCAUCAAAGUGGCAGCGUUCGGUCUGCAUCCAGACAAACAUCUAGGAAAAUCGCUGGCGGAGAUGGAGCCGUAUCUGCAUGAGCUGUCAGAGAAGUAUGGCGUCCACAUCUGUGGUGAAGGUGGAGAAUACGAGACCUUCACCCUCGACUGUCCGCUCUUCAAAAAGAAGAUUGUCAUAGACGCCACAGAGACCGUCAUCCACUCAGAUGAUGCCUUCGCUCCUGUAGGUUUUUUGCGCUUCACUGAAAUGCACACUGAGGACAAGACAGAGGGCUCCGGAGGGCCACCGCCGCCAUCUCUCUCUGCGUGUCCUUGCCAGAGCGCCAUUGACAGGAUGACAGAGGAGCUGGAAUAUGCUGAUAAAACUGCAGACGUCCAGAGAGAAUGUCCAUCACACACACAGAGCACAUGUCAACUGGAGGAGGGUUGUGAGGUUUCACACUCGUCCAGCAGUUCUGCAGGUUUCCAGUGGAUCAGCGGAUUAUCUGCGCAUCAGUCCGAACACCCGGACGUCCAGAGCCAAGCACAGCACGUCUUCACACUCUUGCAAAGUCGUCUGCAGGAGAUGGGCUCUGCGCUCAGACAUGUUCUUCUGGUUCAUCUGUACGUCAGCAGCAUGCAGGACUUCAGGCUAAUCAACAGCGUCUACAGCAGAUUCUUCACACACAACCCACCUGCCAGGGUGUGUGUGCAGGCGUCUCUGCCGGAGGGUCGUCAGCUGCAGAUGGAUGUUCUUCUUCAGGAUCAGACGAAGGCUUCAUCUUCAUCAGUGUGUGAGGAUGAGUGUUUCCCCCAGAGAGAGACUCUUCAUGUGCAGAGUGUGUCCCACUGGGCUCCGGCCAACAUCGGCCCCUACAGUCAGGCCACACAGGUUGGCGGUGCAGUGUUCUGUACCGGUCAGAUCCCUCUAGUCCCGUGCCGUAUGGUUCUGCUGGACGGUCCGCCGCUGCUCCAGGCUCAGCUCUGCUUCAGUCACACAGAGAAGGUUCUGGAGGCCGUGAGCUCUGCACUGACGCUGAGGAACGUUCUGCAGGCGCACAUCUACAUCACAGAUGUCAAAUACAGUGCAGCCGUCAGCGCAGCCUGGAGAACACGACUGCAGGACGGACAGUAUGAGUGUGUGUGUGCUCCACAGCUCCAUCUGCUGGUGGUGUGUGCUCUGCCCAGAGGAGCUCUGCUGGAGCUGCAUGUGUCUGCGGUGCAGGACUGUCCCUCAGAGAGAGUGUGUGUUUGUCGGAGCUCCGGCGGCGUCGUGGAAUCCCGUCUGCUGCACUCUGGCUGUGCUCGAUACGCCUCUCUGUCUCUGAGUGUGUGUGAGAGCACAGAGAGUGUGUGUGUGAGCAGCGAGAGCCUCCUGCACACACUGAUGUCCUGCUAUAGCUCUGCGCUUCAGGAGAGUCCCAGCCUGACCGCUCUGUGUGCCAGAGUCUUCUACAGGAGACACCACAACACCAGCACACACAUCGCCACAGGUCUGCAGCCGCGCUUCACUGGUGCUCGGGAUCCAUGUGCUCCUGCAGUGGUUCUGGUUCCUGUUGAAGAUCUUCCAGAGGGUCAGCUGCUGCUGGUGUCCUGCUGGCUCAGUGUCUAGAGCAGAUAUACUGUAUGAGGAGACACACAUUCAUUAUUAAAAACACAAUGCAUUUCUGUGUUUACAUCUGCGUUCACUGCACAAUAAAAUGCAUUCUGUCAUGCACGUUUGCCUAUUCCAACCGCAGUUUUAAAAUGUAAAUUACAUUAUUGUAAUGCGUUUGAAGUUAUAAGAGAGAAAUGG